UUCCCGGCGCAGGAUGCAGAAUCGUGUCGCCGUUGAGUUAGUUGUGCCGAGCGAGUCAUUUGCGUUUUUCCAUUUCACCGUGCUGCGUGAGUGUUGGUUGUGAGUUGUGUGUAAGGGAAUAGCGUGAAGAUGGGCGAUCAAGAGGACAACUGGAUGGAGGACGCUUCCGCGGAGCAAGAGGGAGGGGAAAAUGCGGAGAAUGAACGACAGACCAAAACACGAGUGGCCGAGGAGACUCCGACGGCGGAGAAGACGGAGGCGCAGCUGCUGAUCGAGGCCAAACUGCGCAAGCACGAGGAGGAGGACGCCGAGCGCAUCCGCGAGAUCGAGGAGCAGCGCCGCGUCGAGCGCGAGAAGCAGGAGGAGGAGCUGCGCCGCCUCAAGGAGAAACAGGCACAACGCCAGAAGCAGCGCGAGGAAGAGGAACGCAUUCUCGAGGAGCAGAAGCGCCAGCAGGAAGAGCAACGCCGCCGCGAAGAGGAAGCGCGCAAGACGAAGGCGGAGGAGGAGAAGCGGCGCAAGCAGGAGGAGGCGGAGCGGAAGAAGGCGGCGGCGCAGGCGGCGAUGGCGGGCGGGCGCAACUUCGUCAUCGAGAAGGAGAAGACCGGCUCCAGCACCAUCGACAAGUUUAUGAACAUCUCCAAAGCCAAGACGGAGAUGUCGCUGAACGCCGGCGAGCUGGAGACGCUGAAGAAGAAGACGGUGGCCGACCGGCUGAAGCCGCUGGCCGUCGAGGAGCUCGACAACGCCGGCCUGAAGCGCUACGCCGAGGAGCUGUGGAAGCAGAUCAUCCAGCUGGAGACCGCCAAGUACGACCUCGCCGAGCGAUUCACGCGCCAGGAAUACGACAUCAAGGAGCUGAACGAGCGGCAGCGGCAGAUCAACAUGAAGAAGUACGUCGUGGCCGGCGGCGACGUGGAGGGCGGCGCGGGCGCGGCGGCGGCGGGCCGGCACCCGCCCAAGGUGCAGCUGAUCAGCAAGUACGAGCGGCGCACGGACCGGCGCACCUUCGGCGAGCGCAAGAGCCUCUUCGAGUGGGACGCCUCGCGGGAGCCGGCCAAGGAGACGCAGAAGCCCCAGGCCAAGAAGCGCGAGACGUGGAUCCGCGAGAAGGGCGCCGAGGAGGAGCGCCGCAACUACACCUACGACGACGACGACGAGGAGCCGCCGCAGCGCGACGACGACCAGCCGCCGGCUAAACGGGCGUCUUACGCGGCGCCUGCUGCGGAGGAGGCGCCGGAGGAGGAGCUAGCCGCUGAAGAGUGACAGCAAAAAGCCGGCUGAUGUCAUUGAUUAAACGGAACGGAACGGAACGUGUGGUGUCUCGCUUGACAGACAGACGGCUUAUGCAAUGGUCUGCUCUGAAAUUGUGCGACAUAUUUAGCAACAGACUGCCAACUGUGUCGCCUUCCCCGGAACAUGCCCAGUUAAAAUUAAUACAUAACCCUAGGGUUUGUACCAGUACAUUAUUUCGCAAAAAACACCUUUCCGCCGCCUUUCCGCCGUUUUUCAAAUUUUAACAUCAGUUUGAAACGUUUGAAAAUAGUUUAAAGUUUUGGGAAAAAAAAUGUAGAAGGCUGGUUCGGUGUAAAAAGGAUCUUCAUGGUACUGUGUGUUUUCAAGCAGAAUUCGAAGAGGAUCGUUGCAUAAUGAGACUUUUGCUACAGCUCCGUGCGUUG